AUGAGGAUGCCACUGCCUCCCUCCCCAACUAAGGCCCCUUCGUCUGCAGCCUCCUGCAACUGCCCUCAUCGACGUCCCUCGAGAUCUCACGUUGCCAGUCAGAGUCCUUUCGUCCAGCGCGACCCCGACCCUCCAUUGCUCUCGAUGCAGCAGCAUGAUACCCCUGGGGCUGACGCGCCUGCCCAUUCUCCAAACCCCACUGCUGCUGCCACCUGCGUGCCCGAGUCUUUUGCGGAGUCCACUUCUUCUCCCGAAUCACGCCAUGGGAGACCCGGGCUGCCACAUCGUAGCCAACGGCAGAGCAUGCACACCCUAGAUGAUUUGCGGAAGCACAUGGAGGGGAUCUCUGUCUCUCACUCCCGUUCUAACUCUUACACUUUCAACACUGGCGCGCCUCCUGAUUCGAGCCAGGGUAUGAAGUCGCCUCGCAAAACCAAGAGAACCAUUCAUUCUACGCCCUCAUCGCCCUCUAACACCCCAAUUCCUCCAGCUUCAUUCUCAAAGUCCAGCGGCCACACUGAUUCUUCUUCUUCGUCCCGGACGAUCAGAUCGCCCAAGCAGACCGAUCAUUCUGAAUUAUCUGCGUUUCCAUUCCCAACGCCUUCAUCCUUAGCCACUUCUGUAGAUCAUUCUCUCGACCCCUUCGCUGAUGCGCGACCGAUCGUGAAGCGCUUGUCGAUACGUAGAACGAAGCCCCGGAGGAAUAGGUCGCCUCUUUCCACCCCUGCGCCUGUGUUUACUGAAGCGAAUGGUUCGACAUGGAGGAAAGACUACUUCAUGGCCCACAACGCUGACACUAGCGCUGAAGACCCGCGGUAUCCUACCCCGAACCUCUACGACAUUACAUUGGUGCUGAAUGCCGAGGCCGGAUUGGAUGCCUGGUGGUCGAAUACAGUGAAGGUACUACAUGCCCAUUUUGGCGCUGAAAGAGCCGCCCUAGCGAUACCUGGAGAUAGUACCGACCUGGAGAAUGUACCAUGGGGUCAAAAGGCAACGUAUAGUUUAUAUGGCUAUAGGACCUCUUUGUCGUCCGCUGGAGCGACAACAGGUAAUCAUGGGGCAGAAACCUCAUUAAAGGAUUCUUCUGACCGGGAAACCACUGAUGUGGACAACAAUCACAAUAACAAUAAAUCUACGAAACUGAACGGACAGGUUCUCACGCCAUCUGAAAAGCGUCCACCUAUGGUUGCACGUCAUUCAUUCGCCGGUUUCGGGAGGCCUGGAAAUAUGGGUAGCCGUGACAAAAGUGUACGACCAGAUGCACCCAAGCGGACGAAAAGCUCGUUGAGCCCUGCCACGAUGCAACAUGGAACAAAAGAUGACGAAGAGUCAACGGAGUCGGCAGAUCAUAUGCCUACCGCGACGUCAGAUCAACAGCGCUCGGAGCCCUCUGUAAAUUCGACGGAAUGUGUCCCAUGCCCAUCGGUGGCAGUUUUCCCUGUUCCUCGUGCUUUGGAAGUUGAAUCGGACCCUCUAAUAAAACGAACAGGCGUGGUGAAGCUUUUUGGAAGAACGAAACCCGCCGUGUUAACGAGACAAUAUUCUCAACAUCCGAUGGCGUCGCCUCUAUACGACUCUAUCGCGAAGCCGCCGUCGAAGGACGACACACUUCAGAACCCCUCGGCUGCUACAGUUCUUAGCGAGCCUACGACCUGCAAUGUUUCAAUUGGUCGAACGAGCAUCUGCUCUGCGUCAAGUACGAGUACUACCACACAGACGAUAACGGAGCUACCAAGGCCUUCUGUCCCUAACUAUAGUCACGAUGAUGCCUCUCCACCCAACUCUUCGUGUUCAGAUUCAUAUGAAGAGUACGAACAAGUUCCCCAGUCGCCCUGGGCGCAAUCCCCUGCUCCAUCGCCCGCCGCCCGCUCGGAUCCAGAGCAAAAUCCUUUCUUCAAUAACAGCAGCAAGAUUGAUGAUGCCUUUGCUUCGAGUCCGCCGUUACAUGAUUAUUCUACGAACCGACCUAUCGCAGCCAUUGGCGUUGAUCUUGCCAAAACAAUCAUACACAUACCCUUGAUACACUCUUCGUCGUCGAAACAACCCUCUUCAAACACAUUGAGAUUUCCUGUUGCUAUCAUUUCCAUCCUCACCUCAACUGUCCCUUACCCAGCGAACCUGAGGAAGUCUCUCGAGUACCUCCUUCCUCACCUCACUACCUCAUUUUGCCUGGCUCAACAGUACAGCCAGCUCGAAAGGCAACUCGCAACUUCAAGGACGCGGCAAUUCGGACAUAUCCUUGGACUUGGCGGAACCUUCUCCGACGCCAGUAGUGAAAUGGAAUUGGUGGCAGGGCUCAGCAGUCACGUUAACUACCCGUUGGGAGAAAAUGUUUCACUGCAAGGCCAUUCAAGCAUACCGAGCCCGCUCCAGCGAUCGGAUACCAGCAGAUCCAAUUCCGCCAUGUCAGGGUCGAAUACUCCCGGCUUAGAAUUUAGUGGCGGUAUGCCUCGUGACAUCUACCUUACGCCGGGGCUAAUGUCGAGACAUUCUUCAGACAACUCGGACAGUUAUUUCAAUAUCAAGCAGCAACCUGGUGGUAUGAUGAACCAACAAAGAUUAAGGCAACAAAAACAAAUGCGAGAGCCUUCCGCUUUAAUAUCGCCCCGCCCUGCGUCAUCGCGGGGUGCAUCUACAGAGUUUGAUGAGUUAACUUCUAGAGAUCCUGGUUUAGUGCCCACCCCAUCGUCCAGGGCCCCGAGUAUGGCUACAUCACCGCAAGGCUCCUCACGAUAUGCUUCGUCCGCUUCGAUUGCUACACAACUACAUAGAGAACUCCCACCUCGACCGUUCCCAGAUACCAUCGCACAGCUGAUGCUCAAUUCGGUACCGUUACACCUAUUUCUGGCGAAGCCCCACAUCGGAGAAGUCAUUUGGACGAAUGAUAAAUUCGAUUAUUACCGAAAAAACCAACCACAUGAGCAACGUGCCAGAGACCCUUGGCUUGAUGUACAUGAGAGUGAACGUGAGAAUUUAUUAAAGGAAUGGGCAAAGGCGCUUCGAUCGGGGUCCCAGUUUACGGAGCGAGUUCGCGUUAAGCGAUACAACGACGAGUCGACCUAUCGUUGGUUUAUUUUCCGUGCGAAUCCUUUGCUAUCGCAGACGGGGGAGCUGCUUUAUUGGAUUGGGUCAUUUCUUGAUGUUCACGAGCAGCACGUUGCUGAAAUGAAGGCAGCGCAGGAGAGGGAGCUAUUUGCCACGAAUGCAAAGUAUAAAGCGCUAGCCAAUUCAAUACCCCAAGUGGUGUUUGAGGCUGCUGAAUAUCGAGGGCUUAUCUCAGCCAAUGAACAGUGGCAGCUGUACACAGGUCAAUCCCUGGAGGAUGCCCUUAACUUAGGCUUUGCCAAACAUAUCCACCCGGAUGACCUUGAAAAAUGCGGCAUCUUGCUCCCACUAAAAAUAACCCUGGACUCGGAUAAUCCAAUCGAAUCUGGGCGUAUCAUUAAUCCCCCGCGGGGUUUGAAGGCUUAUGACGAAAACGCUGAUUCGGGUUCGAGCGGGCUACUGAGUAAGCCUCCACUUUCCCGAACCAAUUCGAUGCGUGAUGAGAACCGACGUUCAACAUACCAAGGGUUAACUCAUGCCCUUCAUGAGCUAGUUGGGAAGGGUGUGGUUACAAUACAGAAAGAUGAAAAUGGGAGAUAUUCGUAUACAACUGAAAUCCGGCUGCGAUCGAGGGGCGGUGAUUUCCGAUGGCAUCUUGUUCGCCUUGUGAAAGUGGAGACGACGAGUUUUGGUGAUGGCGACGCUUCCUGGUAUGGUACCUGCACAGAUAUCAACGAUAGAAAGCUUCUGGAACGGAAGCUGAAUAGGGAAAUGGAGUCAAAGACGAAGUUCUUCAGUAAUAUGUCCCACGAGAUCAGGACGCCGCUGAAUGGAAUAUUGGGGACAAUUCCGUUUAUUUUGGAUACGCAGCUAGACAACGAUCAAAGACGUAUGCUCGAUACUAUCCAGAACAGUUCUACCAACCUGCGUGAGCUUGUGGACAAUAUUUUGGAUGUAUCCAAAGUUGAAGCGGGGAAGAUGAACAUUGUGCAACAGUGGUUCCAUGUUCGCUCUAUCGUGGAAGAUGUGAUUGAUACGAUUGGGUCGAGAGCGAUAGAUAAGGGACUAGAGUUGAAUUAUCUCGUCGAGUCAGAUGUUCCUCCCAUGGUGAUUGGGGAUAGGUUCCGAAUACGCCAAAUCCUUAUAAACUUGAUGGGCAACGCAGUCAAGUUUACGUCCCAGGGAGAAAUAUACACGCGCUGUUCAAUCCACCACGACCCUUCAGUUUCUGUAAAAGGGACGGAGAUUCUUUUGAAUUUUGAGGUUGUUGAUACCGGCAAGGGUUUUAGCUCCACAGACGCCGAGCGGCUAAUGCAAAGGUUCAGCCAAAUCGAGGGGAGCGCGUCCCAGCAACAUGCAGGAAGUGGGCUUGGCCUCUUUUUGUCCAAACAGCUUGUGGAGAUGCAUGGUGGGCGUUUAACUCCGACAAGCAAGGAGGGCCAAGGGGCCAAGUUCUCGUUCUUUGUUAAGGUCGAUGCACCACCACCGCCGCCGCCCCAGGACCUAUCGAACUCCAACCUCGAUGAUCGAUAUCUUCAGCCCAUAGACGACAUUUCUGCACUGAAGAGCCCAAACCAACAGGAGUUUCCUUUCACUCAAGACAUGCUAAGCUUACACUCACCGACAAAUUCAGAUGCCUUGAGCUUGUCCCGCAAACAAUUAUCCGGUUCUUCCUUUGCGUCAAAUAAAACCAACACGCCUCCAUCCUCCCGAGGUGGAGGAACUCCCGCAAAAACUGAUCAGCCUAGCCAAACCGCAUCCUUCGAUAUAUCUACGCACAACGUGACCGGAACUGAGGUUAUUGUUAGCAGUCCUACAUCUCAAAAGUCCGCCCCUCUCCCUCCGUCAUACCAUGUAUUAAUAAUAUGUCCUUUCGAUUAUGCCCGCGAGGCCUUGAAGCAACACAUCGAACAAGUUAUUCCUCUAGAGGCCACGUCUAAAGCUACUGCCGUUCUCGAUGUUGAAGACUGGAAGGAUCUUGUUGCUGGCGGCGAAUGUCCCAAUUUCACCCACCUAGCAAUCAACAUUCCAGAUGCCAACGAUGUCAAGGAAACUAUGCAAAUGAUUCUCCAAUCCGAUUGCAAUAGUAAGGAUAUCAAAAGCGCACCACCGACCAUGAUCAUUGUCUCGGAUAUCUACCAGAAACGAGAGAUAAGUGAUGUGUACGAGCAAUUCUGUGCCGCUGGCGGGCAAGGGUUCUUGGUUCCAAAGCCUGUCAAACCCUCAUCACUCUCAAGGAUCUUUGACCCUUAUAACCAGCGGGAUCUCAGCAAUGAUCGAAACCAGGAUAUGGCGCGGGAGAUUAAUAAUAGUUUCAAGACCAUGUCGAAGAUUGUUAAGGAGGUCAUUGGAAAUAAGGGAUAUCGUAUUUUGCUCGUGGAGGAUGAUGAGACUAAUCGGACGGUCAUGUUGAAAUAUUUGGAAAAGGUUAAGUUGGCUUCUGAAACGGCUGGCAACGGCCAGGAAUGCAUCGACAUGGUAUUUUCCAAAGAACCCGGCUAUUACUCCUUGAUUAUAUGCGACAUCCAAAUGCCAGUUAAAAACGGAUACGAAACCUGCCAAGAAAUCCGCUCCUGGGAACAACGGAACCACUUCCCGCAAAUUCCCAUCAUGGCGCUCUCCGCAAACGCAAUGAUGGAUCAGAUCGAUGACGCCUCACGCGCCGGCUUCAAUGACUACGUGACGAAACCUAUCAAGCACAAUGAACUCGGCAAAAUGAUGAUGGAGCUGUUGGAUCCCCGUGUUCCCCAGAUCCUGCUUAGGGAUCGGAAUAAAUCAGGGAAUUCGUCGUCACCGUCAUCGUCGCAGCAGCAGCAGCAGCGUUGA